GCUCAGACUUGACUGGAUCACCUGAAUGAUGCCCUGCCUCAGAGUCAGCGCAACACUGAUGCUGAUAGCAACAUGUUUCCUCUUGAAAGAAGUUGUUUGUGCAGAGCGUGCAACCACCUGUGAAAGCGGUGCGAAUGUUCAUCUCCUAAACUGUGGAUCUGGAGUGAUCAGCGUCCAAGAGGGUUUAUACGGCCGCACAAACCCAGAAAUCUGCAAAGAGGGUCGACCUCCACAGCAGCUUGCUAACACACAGUGCUCCCAGGCGGGUGCUGUGGACGUCCUCAAGACAAGAUGUAAUGGCAAGAAAAGCUGUGAACUGAACAUCAACGUUUUUCGUACUCCUGAUCCCUGUGUUGGCACCUUUAAAUAUUUGGAGACCAACUUCACCUGCUUGCCAGCGAUUAGUGUCCUGGCAUGUGAGGACUCUUUGGCACAUUUGUUUUGUGAUGUUGGACAAGUUAUAUUUGUUUACGGGGCCGACUAUGGACGCCGUGACCGGACCACAUGCACAUACAAAAGACCUCCAACUCAGGUCCAAAAUGCUGAAUGCUCGAGGCCUUCUACACUUGUUGCAAACAGUUGCAAUGGAAAAAACAGCUGCACCAUCAGAGCAAGCAACGCGGUCUUUGGAGACCCUUGUGUGGGCACCUACAAGUACCUGGAGGUUGCUUACACGUGUGAAUAUCCUGGGGUCUGACCCAACAAUGCUCAGUAAACAUAGGGGGAUGGCUUCCAUAGCAUUGUUGUUACAGAGUCCAGAGUGUAACUAUACAUUUUUGAUUUUGGGCAUGAUCUGACUUUUCCCUGUCCUGUAUUUAUGCAAUAUGCUUUAUUCAGGUCUUUGUUAUAUUUACUGUUUGACAAUAUGCUGCAAACAGCAAAAAAUGUACUUUUAGACUACAUAUUCUUAUGACAAAUGAUUCAUCAAUAAGGCUUGGGAAGAGGGUAAUUGAUUUAUUGAUUUUAGUAUUUGUGGUGGAAAAAAAACAUACAAGGGUCAAAAAUGUCACUA